UUGACGUUACUCGAGGACCCCACUCCCCAUCCAUAACUAGCAGUUUAAAAACAAUAACGUGAAGAAAACUAGUUUCUUAACUCAAGAAUAUCCAAAACCAGAUGAAGGAACUCCAACUUUCGUAAACUUUGUAUUGGUGGUAUUUCCUGGAUACAAUUUUGAGUAAUAAGUUUUGACACCUGAGAAAGCCAUAUUUGUGCUUCAACUGUUGACAAUGGCAUCCCAGCGACUUACCGAAUGCUUCCCCUUCAGCCUGCCAAACCUAAUAAAAUAAUAUACUGUACAGUACUUCCAUCCUAGGAAGAUUUCAACAUGCCGCCAUCAGAAAAGAAUAAAAAGAAGAAACGUCCAUCAUUUUUGGAGAAAAUGAAUCAUCUGAGACAAGAAUACUUCAGGAAAGACUUCAUUAUUGGCCUUAUUGUAGAACCAAAAUACUUUUGGCUAUCAGCUAUUGUGUUCCUGGUGGCAGAGAUAGUUGUCAACAUUAUGAUUAUCCACAAUGUGAAAUAUACAGAGAUAGAUUGGAUAGCAUAUAUGCAGGAGGUGGAGGGAGUGGUGAACGGCACGACGGACUACACUAAGCUACGGGGAGACACAGGACCCCUUGUUUACCCAGCUGGUUUUGUGUACAUGUUCUUGGGGUUAUAUCACCUGACUAGCAGAGGCACCAAUAUCCGCCUUGCACAGUACAUUUUUGCUGCCUUCUAUAUCAUCACUUUGAUGCUGGUCUUCAGAAUAUUUCACAAGAGCAGAAAGCUCCCACCAUAUAUUCUGAUAUUUUUGUGCUGCACCUCUUACCGGGUCCACUCCAUUUUUGUGCUGCGCUUGUUUAAUGACCCGGUGGCUAUGAUGUUUUUCUAUGCUGCUAUGAACUUCUUUAUAGACAACCAUUGGUCUCUGGGAAGCCUCUUUUACAGUUUAGCAGUGUCUAUUAAGAUGAACAUCUUACUUUUUGCCCCAGCCCUCUUGUUGGCUUACUUCCAUUGCCUUGGUAUAAAGGAUACCAUCAAGCAGCUCAUUAUCUGUGCAGGAACUCAGUUGGUGUUAGGGGCACCUUUCCUCAUAAAAAAUCCAAUAGGAUACUUAAAAAUGUCUUUUGACAUUGGCCGUGUAUUCCUCUUUGAAUGGACGGUCAACUGGAGAUUCUUAUCUGAGGAAACAUUUGUAAAUCCCUGGUUCCACUUACUCCUGUUAGCUGUACAUGUGGCUCUUCUCGUCGUCUUUGCAUUCACCCACUGGAACAGGUACUUGGCCAGCUAUGCCACACUACAGAAUAUUGGCAUAGACUCAGAAAUGGGGUGCCAGCUCUUCAUACUACCACUGUUCGUGAGCAACUUGAUAGGGAUUGCAGCAAGUCGCUCCCUUCACUACCAGUUUUAUAUCUGGUACUUCCACACCCUCCCAUACAUGUUGUGGACUACACGUUUCAGUGUGACUUUUAGGCUUUUGAUACUUGGUGUUACUGAGUUGUGUUGGAACACUUACCCUUCCACUUGGUGGAGCUCUGCACUGCUCCACUGCUGUCACCUCACCGUCCUGGCUGGCAUCUACCACAACCGUCCUACAGAUAAGCGCACAGAGAAACUUAAGAGAGCACUUGAGAAGACCAAUUAAUAAAGUUGUUGGUGCACAUUUUGCUUCAUUAAUCUUCUUGAACUAAAAUUUUACCUGUUGAUUAUUUGAAAUACAUUAUUCAAGAUUUAAAUUUACUUUAAUUAUGAAAUAUUGAUGAGUUAUGACUGUACUCUGUUACAGUGUUUGGCUUUUAUGAAAACAUUCUUUUAAGUCUAUCUCUCAGUCCAUCCAUUAGAUUUGCCUAAGUAAAAUACAGGUAAGUGCACUUAUUUGAACAUUUUAGCACAGUACAGUAUUGGCAAUGAGUAAAUAAUUUCCAGGGUGUUUGUUGAUGCUUUUUUUUUUUUUUUUUUAAGUUGG